CCAUUAGAUAUCAGCUAUGUAUCACAUGUUGUGACAUUAACAUAUGAAUGCUUUCAUGAUAAUCAAGAAGACAAGAGAUCUUAAUCGGGACGUGCCAGCCGAGGAAGAGUUAAUUGCUACACUUACGGAUGAACUUUUGACUGGUUCACAGAGAGAACAACGAAAAACGCCUAAAAGGUUGAAGCUUCCACCGGUUUCGCCACUCGCCAGCACAACCCAACCUACACAUGGCCGUAGACUUUUUCUCCCGGCUGACACGAAACUCCGGAUUGAGAAAUUCAAGGAUCGUGUCGCGGGAGAAACAGCGAUCAGCCAAGCAAACAUCAUGAUAGAAACACACCCACAAAAUGGCACAAAACAAGAAGCACUGGAAGCCACUCUGUUGCAAAGAAACAUUGAUUUCAAACUAAAAGACUUACAGCUGCUAUUCAGAAGGAUGUUGUUAUGUAUAACAAAGACGUUUAUUCCGUAAUACCAACUCUUGCUGAUGCUUAUGAAAACAGCAUCGUCAUAGUUGUUUUCCCACUGGUGGCUUUAACGGAAAACCAGGUUGUCUACAUAGAAGUAAGUGGAAGCCGCUGUGUUUACGCAAGUAAACAGCAAACACGAGGUGGGUACAUGUAUACAGAACGGACACUAUGACGGAUUGCUUUAAAAUAAUCUAUACGAUUGUGAGUCAUUGAUAUGUUAAAAUCGGAAUUAUCACUAUAUUUGAUUAUGUUUACAUAAGUGUAAAAAAAUAGUCAUGGAUGAAUUUCCAAAUACCGACAGUACAUUAAGAAUUGUCAUUUGCACCUCAGCAUUUGGCUUAGGAGUUAAUGUGCCAGACAUCAAUAUGGGUAUUCACGGUUGGGGCGUCAAUGACUAUUGAGGUGUUUAUGCAGGAAUUUGGAAGUGGUCGCGAUGGAAGAAGUGCCAUGUCUGUUUUGUACUAUCAUGGAACGGACAACAUCAAAACUUCAACAGAUGACAGAAUAUAU